UCAGCCUUCUUACAAGCAUUACUAGAUGACGUCAGGGCGGAAUGCAGCAGUCGUUCAGAUGUUGAGGUCUGUCGCCAGCAACAUUCAGCAAAUGCACUCAAGGCAAAUGCGACUGUGAAGGACCUCAUGCAUGGAUUCGCGUCAAUGAUUGAUCCACAAGCUUUUUGUGGCUUAGAAUCUCCCACAAGUGAGGUGUUCGUCGCGUCAAAAUUGUAUACGAAUACUGAAUUCCUGAAUUGCCAACUAUGCUACUCCUUGCUUCAAUUCCUUAACACGGCCGUCGCUGGUGGUCAAACGCGAACAUCACAGCAGAUUUUAGCUGGCAUUGGCGCGGCUGCAAAGGCCGUGUGUGUUGCUGUAGAUCUGCCAGCCCUUCUUCAUUUAUUAGUGCCUGGACUCGGAGACCUUGACUGUGAUGGCAUGCCGCAAGUCAUUGUGUUCGUGUUUCAGUACGUUUUUAUCACCUAUGUGUGGGAGCACAGGCCAGCAGACAUGGACGGUAAGUACAUUGCCCGUAUUUUAGUCUGGGGU